AUAGCAGCACCAUACUACUUUUCCACCAGCUGUUCACGGAAUAGUGUUAACUGAUCAUUUCAUUGCAAUGGACCGUGUUGUGUUGCUGCUGCUGCUGUGUGUUGCUCCUCUGGUUCGAGGCUACCCUUCAGGUCUAGUUACGGACAGUUGUGUUAACAUGCUACCCAAUCACUCUGGGCAGAUCCCGCAGACGAAACCAGCACCCUUCACCGUUAUGAUGGACCGCAGCAGCUACAAACUCGGAGAUCAGGUUAAAGUUACGCUCCAGGCUCCAGCCUCCUCACCAUUCCGUGGUUUCCUGUUAGAGGCUAGAGAAGUGGGGGGUCUGUCUCCUGUGGGCUCCUUCUCCCUGAUAUCAACGAAUGCUCGGCUCCUAACCUGCAGCCAGAAAUCUAACUCAGCUGUAGCCCACAAUUCAGGGUCUUCUAAGACCUCCAUUCAGGUGACAUGGACACCAGACGCAUCAGGAAACGCAAAAAACAUUCAAUUCCACACAACCUUCGUGCAGAAUAUCAACACAUUCUGGGUUGAUGUUACAAGUCCUGCCUUGACCUUCGCUAAUGGUGUUGCUGGUGGAUCUACAACUCUCCCCACUACAACAACCACAAUACAGCAAUUUACACCACCUAGUAUCUCCAGUGCAAAUUGCAGCGUCAGCAAGGUGUGUUUCAGUCAGCCUUCAAACUGUGACCCAGCCAAUGCUGACUGUUAUUUCAUGUCAGCCCUGAUGGUGUCAGGUGAAGCCAUCCGCUAUGAGAUGAAAGGUCCUUCUAAUGGAUACAUCGCUUUUGGAUUGUCAGAUGAUCAGAAUAUGGGAAACGAUGACAUUUAUAUUUGUGGCAUCGGCAGUAACGGCAUGGUGGGGGUGCAGCAUGCCUUUUCAACAGGACGAACAUAUCCAACUAUUCUUCCUCUGGGGAAUGUUUCUAAUAUAACAGCGUCAGUGCAGAACGGGGUGAUCAGCUGUUCCUUCACCUCCAUGAACAUUAUUUCUCUUACGAGGACCACUGGCUACAGCAAUGCCUACUAUCUCCUGUUUGUCCAUGGACCCAGCAGCAAUGGACAAAUCCAGAUCCAUACAGAAACCUUCAUCAGCACUAAAAUGAUAAACAUUUCCGACCCUGGAGUUGUUCAAGAUGAGGGUGUACCUAGUAUCGUCAAAGCCCAUGGAGCACUGAUGCUGAUAUCCUGGAUGACCCUCGGAUCACUUGGAAUGAUGGUAGCUCGAUAUCUGAAAAAAACGGCCAAAGGAGAGAAAGUGAUAGGCAAAGAUGUCUGGUUUGUGGUCCACGUUGGCGUGAUGAUUCUGACAGUAGCAGCCACAAUCAUCGCCUUCAUCCUCAUCUUCUCAUACGAACAAAAAUGGUCUGGGGGAGUCCAUCCCGUGUUAGGCUGCCUGGUCAUGAUCCUUUCGUUCCUCCAGCCCAUUAUGGCUCUGCUGCGCUGUGCACCACAACAUCCACGGAGGUUUUUGUUCAACUGGUCCCAUGCUUUAAAUGCCCUGGUUAUAAAAGUGUUAGCCGUGGCAGCCAUAUUCACAGGCCUGCAGUACCUUGACAGCACCACGGACCAAUGGCUGGUGAAAGUGAUGGGUGGUAUGGUUGGCUGGGAGGCUCUGUUCUUCAUUCUGUUGGAUGUCCAAUCAAGAUGCAUGGUUAACAGGACAGAUACUUUGGAUUUAACAGCGAUGACAAAUGAGGGCCUGCUGGUGGCUCUGUUCUUCCUGGGAAACUUUGCCUUUCUGGUGGCACUGCUGGUUGGAAUCGGGAGUUCAUAAGAAGAGCAAAAACAGAGCAAAGCAACCUGCUAAAUCAUAAGCAUUUCUAUUAUUAUUCACUGUGCCGAUGUUUCAGAUUUUACAAUGUGUGUUUAUGGGGUUUAUGGGGACGGAAUGUUGAGAGCCAGACCAGAGGACAGAGGGUGAAGCUGCAGUGCGAUUCUCUGAAAUUUUUCCAAAGAAAUUGCUCUCUCGCCUACAGUUUUCACUCUUCAUACAUCAUGGUUGGUCAAAAUGUAGGAAAUGUUGUACCGGUUGCAGACAUGUAACUAUGGAAUCCACCGAACCUAAACUUCUGGCUCUGUUCACUCCAACUGCCGAUAGAAACAAUGAAAACAAAUAUGUGUUACCUGCUCUGUGUCGCAUAUAUUUGUCACCACACCACAUCAAUGCAUUUGCCAGACCUUUAUCUCUCUUGUGAUGAUAAUAUUUUUGCGAUUUCGACCCAGGUUUUUGAAUUACAGAACAAACUUGAGAGGUAUAAUUAUCAUAAAAUGAACAUGUUUGACCCAUUAAAGAUACUGUCUCCCCCUCCCUCCUCUACUCCCUCACUGUGUAAAUCACCAUAGAAACAAGUUCUGACACACACACCUCCUAUCAUAGAGACUCUUUACUGUAGGCUGUGUUGUCCUCUCUUUUCAAAACAUGUCUAACAGCAGAUUUACUGAUAGCCAGUGUUAUUCAGAUUUGCACCAAGUAGUAGGCGCACUGUCAAAAUUUCUUGCGUAAUUUUCUAGCUAUUAUUAUUAUUAUCAUUAUUGUAUACCUGAGGGCUAUUUCACAAAACCAAGAUAAGGGAUUAAGCCGGGAUUUCCCAGUUAUCCUGGCUCGAUUUAGCCUUGACUCGGUUUCACAAAAGC